AAGGACUUUCGUCGGCAACUCACCGCGUCGCACACAGUUCUGCUUCAGGCCAGCUUGAGAUAAAUGGCUGCUGGAUCAAUUGGCGUUUUUGCAACUGAUGAGAAGAUUGGAAGCCUUCUGGACCAGUCCAUUACCCGCCACUUCCUGACCAAUGUAACGGAUCAGUGUGGCAAGAUCACCGCGGAGUAUGUGUGGAUUGGCGGGAGCAUGCAGGACUUGAGGUCUAAGUCCCGCACCCUGACUUCUGUUCCCACAAAACCCGAGGACCUUCCGCAUUGGAACUACGACGGUUCGUCCACGGGCCAAGCGCCGGGCCACGACUCAGAGGUGUACCUCAUCCCCCGCCGCAUUUUCCGGGAUCCGUUUCGGGGGGGUGACAACAUCCUUGUCAUGUGCGAUUGCUACGAGCCGCCCAAGGCCAACGCGGACGGUAUUCUGCAACCGCCCAAGCCCAUCCCAACCAACACUCGCUACGCGUGCGCCGAGGCUAUGGAGAAAGCCAAGGAUGAGGAGCCAUGGUUCGGCAUUGAGCAGGAGUACACGCUGCUGAACGCGAUUACCAAGUGGCCGCUUGGCUGGCCCAAGGGCGGUUACCCCGCACCGCAGGGCCCGUACUACUGCUCUGCCGGUGCAGGUGUGGCUAUAGGCCGCGACGUUGCCGAGGUUCACUACAGGUUGUGUCUGUACGCUGGGGUCAACAUCAGCGGCGUGAACGCUGAGGUGCUGCCAUCGCAAUGGGAGUACCAGGUGGGCCCAUGCGAGGGCAUUGAGAUGGGCGACCACAUGUGGAUGUCCCGUUACAUCAUGUACCGCGUAUGUGAGAUGUUCAACGUGGAGGUGUCGUUCGACCCCAAGCCCAUUCCCGGCGACUGGAACGGCUCAGGUGGCCACACCAACUACUCCACCAAGGCCACACGCACUGCGCCUAACGGCUGGAAGGCCAUCCAAGAGCACUGCCAGAAGCUGGAAGCGCGCCACGCGGUUCACAUUGCCGCCUAUGGUGAGGGCAACGAGCGCCGCCUGACGGGAAAGCACGAGACGUCGUCCAUGAACGACUUCUCAUGGGGCGUCGCGAACCGCGGCUGCUCCAUCCGCGUUGGCCGCAUGGUGCCCGUGGAGAAGUGCGGCUAUUACGAGGAUCGCCGCCCCGCCUCCAACCUGGACCCGUACGUGGUCACCAAGCUCAUCGUUGAGACCACGGUCCUCCUGUAAUGGCGUGGGUCAGCAAAAUGGUGGGUCGGCAUGUUCAUUAGGUGUAGUUGUAACGGCAAUCCGGGUGGAUAGUGCUCAGUCGCGGCGUGUUUGUGGACGUUAUCAUCAGCGUGCUAUAGUGAUGGGCGGCUGAGACCGUAUGAGACUCGCGCGCAAUGGCGGUUGUGGCAAGGUUUUUAAGUGUCCCCGCCAUCUUAUUCCAUGCCCCGGCUUUCGGAGGCUGCUGCUGAAUGAAGCGUCCGGGGUUGGCCUACCCCACUGGGGCUGCUGUCGGCAAAACAAGGUGCAACGCCAGACGGUGUAGGCUGUUGGAUCUGGGUGCUUCGAUGUGCCGGGCACUGGAGGACACAAUCUAAGCAAGGGCCGAGCGGUUUCAUCGUUAGGAAACUGAUUUGACGUUGGCUGUAUACAGGAACGGAGAUUUAUGACUCGCGUCCAUGCUCAUUGCAGGGGCAUGCUGGUACAAGGGUAAUGUGUCCUUUGGCUGUGUGAACCGCUCGCCAUGCAGGAUUGUGCUGGCGAGUCCGGGAUUGCGUCGCACUUGGCUAAUUGUAGCACUAAAACGCUUUUUACAGUAAAAUACGACCACCUGGACGACUGACACGACUACACUGGUUUGAUGGACUGCAGGCAGAGGCCGUCUGCAGAUGUUAUUGUGCAUCCUCGUGGAUAUGGGUGUUUUGUUGUUCGGAUGAUGUAGGCGUCCGGAUGAGGUGAUGGCUCGUGGGGACAGAUUACAAAUGUCGUUGGUGCAUAUUUUUUAGUAUCGCGAUGAUGGUUUGGAGCGAAACGUAUUGUCGCCAGUGCAAUAUAUACACGCGAGCCACCGCGUAAGUAGUGAGGAUCCUCGGCCAUACCUUUCUUAUAUCGAACCCCUCCAUUGUGUCAUCACCUUUUGGCCACGAAAUACACAGAUUUCCAUAUUUUGGUGCUAUCUAUAUGAUGAGUUAAGUCCCUGAUGCCGUCUUUUUGACGUCCGAGGAGUUGGUACGUGACGGGCAAGUGACAGCUAUCAAAAACUUUCGAUGGUAGCUUUUGUAAUCACCGGUCGCCGCAC